GAUUGGAUGAGCGGCCACGUUCUUCUACACAGCGUCCCAUCCAAUCCACACCAGCACUCUGCUGCAUCUGUGGCUGCCGUGAAGGGACAAACAAGGAGGUCAAGUAACAGCAGUUUUACAGAGAACUCCGGGCUAAAAAUGCUUUAAAAACAACACACUAUCCAACGAAACUAACCGCAGUAUUGGAAUAUUCAAGAGCAGCAGCUCUCCACCAGAGUCAGACCAGUGACUGUCCACCAUGCUGUCCAGGUUGAGAACAACCUUGUCCCUGAGGCCCUGUGUCUCUGUUUGUCGAUGGGCACACACCAAAGAGAAGGGCAAACCCCUCAUGCUCAACCCUCGCACCAACAAAGGUAUGGCCUUCACUCUCAAGGAGCGACAGAUUUUGGGAAUACAUGGUCUGUUGCCUCCCAAAUUGGAGACACAGGACAUUCAGGCCAUGCGCUUUCAGAAAAAUCUCAAGAAGCUGACCGAUCCCCUUGAGAAGUAUGUCUACUUGAUGGGCAUUCAGGAAAGGAAUGAGAGGCUUUUCUAUAGGGUGUUGAUGGAAGACAUAGAGGCAUUGAUGCCAAUUGUCUACACUCCCACUGUAGGCCUGGCCUGCACUCAGUAUGGACACAUCUUUAGAAGACCCAAAGGCUUGUUCAUUUCCAUUCAGGACAAAGGACAUGUCCGGUCCAUCCUGGACAACUGGCCAGAGACUAAUGUUGCAGCGGUAGUGGUAACCGAUGGAGAGCGUAUUUUAGGAUUAGGAGACCUUGGUGUUUAUGGAAUGGGCAUCCCUGUCGGAAAACUGUGCCUGUACACCGCCUGUGCCGGCAUUAGACCUGAGAAAUGUCUGCCUGUGGUGAUAGAUGUUGGCACAGACAAUGAGACUCUCCUCAAGGAUCCGUUCUACAUGGGCCUGUACCAGAAGCGAGAUCGCUCUCAAGCUUACGAUGAUCUGAUCGAUGAGUUCAUGGAGGCUGUGGUAGACAAAUAUGGCCAGGACACUCUGAUCCAAUUCGAGGACUUUGGGAACCACAAUGCCUUCCGCUUCCUCAGGAAGUACAGGGAGAAGUACUGCACCUUCAACGAUGAUAUCCAAGGCACUGCGUCUGUAGCCCUUGCAGGUCUGUUAGCUGCUCAGAGAGCCAUUGGAAAACCCAUUACUGAACACCGGGUGCUUUUCCUGGGAGCUGGAGAGGCUGCCCUCGGUAUUGCCAAUCUGAUUGUAAUGGCCAUGAUGGAGACGGGGAUGACCCAAGCUGAGGCCAGAAAAAGGGUCUGGAUGUAUGAUAAAUAUGGCUUACUAGUAAAGGGCAGACCACAGGAGAUGGACACUAAUCAGGAGGCCUUUGUCCAUGACAGUCCAGGGAAUGUACAGAGCUUCCUAGAUGCUGUCCACACUAUCAAACCCACAGCUAUUAUUGGUGUGGCAGGAGCUGGACCUCUGUUCACCCACGACGUCAUCAAGGCUAUGGGGACUCUUAAUGAACGACCAAUCAUCUUUGCCCUGAGUAACCCAACCGCUAAAGCCGAAUGCACGGCCGAGGACGCCUACACACUCACUGAUGGUAGAUGUCUUUUUGCCAGUGGCAGUCCAUUCGGUCCAGUCACUCUGAGUGAUGGCCGCGUCUUCAUUCCUGGACAAGGGAACAACGCUUACAUCUUUCCUGGUGUGGCCUUGGCUGUCAUCCUGAGUGGAGUGAGACACAUCAGUGACACUGUAUUCUUAGAGGCUGCCAAGACUCUUGCAGAGCAGCUGACAGAUAAGGAGCUGGAAGAAGGCAGGCUUUAUCCUCCUCUCUCCAACAUCAGAGAGGUCUCUGUCCAGAUGGCUGUCAAGGUGGUGGAGUAUGUCUAUGCUAAAGGCAUGGCGUUCCGCUACCCUGAGCCUCUGGACAAGAACGGCCUUGUACGGGCUACUGUGUGGAACACUCAAUAUGACUCCUUCCUGCCGGAUACCUACGACUGGCCAGGUGUCAGCUUCAGCCCCAAGACUAACUAGAAGUAGAAGAGACCCUCACUGUGCCCCAUGUCACAAUGUCACGCUUCCUUUGUUUUCCACUCAUAUCUCAAUCACAGAUCUUUUGAGAUGGUCACAGUGCAAACAUCUGCUUAUGAAAGUAGAAACCUCUUCCUACUAACAGGUUACUGUGUUUGCAUGAACCCCUUCUUAUUAGAUCUGUGAAAAGGUAGAGUGGAAAGUGACUUUUGAAAGAGGACAUUUGAAUCGAAAUGGCUAUUUUCACUUCACAAUCUGUUUUUGUUUUUUUAAUCACCUCUGCAUCACACAUACACAUACUCUGCACCAGGAAGGCCACCUAGUGGUUGGAAAUGGAAGCAUAGUUUCAUUGUUCCAACCUUGUGAUAUAUUUUAAUGAUCUAUACUCAGUUUUAAAAAGAAAAUAACAAGAUUAAUAUCAGAAUGUGGUAUAUUACAGUAAAUUAUCAUUAAAACAGUGUAAUAUACUUUAGCAAGCAUGAACCAAAACAUCAAAUUCGAACACUGGAUAAAUUAGAUUACACUGAAUAGUAAACACUGUACACUAACGUCACGGCUUGAGGUUAAAAGUAGUAGUAGUUUAGUCAUAAUUUACCUGGCAGUAAGUUUCCACAUAAGAAAUGUCAUGUACAAUACUUCUAUCUUUUUCACACAUUUUAAAAAGUAGUCACUCCUUACGUUAUGAUGACUCCAUAUUUGAUGCAAACGGAGUUUUGUUGUGUACACUCCUGAUGCAGAGGUUAUUUCACUUGCUUGUAUUCCAACUAUACCUUCUUCUAACUAGCCCCAUAGAUAGCCAGACUUAACACACACAUUAUAAAAUGCCGUAUGGAAACUGAGUUUAAAAACUCCUUUUUAACCUACGCUUAAAUUGAGAUGCGCUGGUUAUCAGAGAAGGUCUAAUAGAGCCAUGGAAACUGAGGAGAUCUUAUGAAGGGAAAUUUAUUUAAACUUAUAUAAAUUUCAGUAUUUUAUUUGUUAGAAUAUUUUUGUCACAUUAUGUUUAUUUCUCUGGAUUUAUUUUAUUUAUUUUGUGGGGUUGAGGAGAUAUUUACAUAUUUUGCCCUUGUGCUGUAUAAUGAAUAGAAAGCCCACUGAAAGUCACUGACACUCCUUCGAUGAGUUGUGAUAAUAAGAAUCCCUAGAAAUGAAGUCUUUUGCUGAAGUAUAGUAUACAUCUUGUCCCCUCAAUAUUAAACAACAAUUUGCACUGUCAAAUGAUUGGAUAAAUAUUAUUUUGUAUUUUCAAUAUAUUUUGUCUAUUGUACAUGUCAUUUUGUGGAAAAUAGGAGUGUCUGCUGAAAGAGUACUUAUAAAGUUAUGUUCAGUACAUUCGUGUGUGUGUUGCCAGGUCGGUGGGUGGGUUUUCCCCCCUUGGAACAUAUUCAACAAGACAACAAAUGUCCAGACACUGGACUCCUAAUAACUGAUCAUACCAUAAUCAAUAACAACACUGACACAGUUACCUCAAAUUAACACGACUAAGAGGUAAAACUUUAUUCGUGCAUACUAAGUUUAAAAGUUAAAAAGUACCAACAGAUGAUAAAUAUCAGAUAAAAUAGAGAAGAUUAAUCAUGAGAUUAAAAAAUACAGUGUAGUGCAAGAUAUGAACAGAUAGUCCUGAAUGUAAUAUAAUAAAAGACCUUAGAUUAAAUGAACACAAACACCAAGCUUUUGGGCAUUGUGAGUAUGAGGUGCUCAAGUUACUCUGUACUUUACACUGUGGGCUAUUCAAAAUUCAUAUUAACAUCAAAAUAACAGUGACCAAAUAGCGCUGCUAAGAGACAUCACUAACCUUUUUAUUAAAUAGGGUUUUCAUCUUCAUCAUAUUAUAUAAAAAAAGACUGUUUCUGAUCAUGUUGAUGUCCCAAAAAGUUCCUUGUGGGUGCUGUUAAUGUAUAGUUCUGCAGUACAGUAUCACAAGAGAAAAGCUGACACAAACAUUUGUUAGAGCACUUCUUUUUGAUGUGGGAGUUGAUUCACCUGUAGUGUUAAUUAGUCGUGGUAUAGCAGAAGUCAUAGCACACAUUUUUCAAUGUAAGAUAUCCUAUUAACUAUAUUCCAAUGUGAUGUACUCACAGACAAACUUAUCUCUUCAUAUUUUGCUCUGUGCUCUGAGAGACUGGCUAUAGUCCAUUACACUGAGAAGUCUAAAGAUCUAAAAUUGUGUAUUUAACUGAAUAUGUGACAAUUGAGAAACCCUGACCAUACACACACACACACACACGCUCAUGAAGCAGUUACAGUCUUCUAUUCAGCAUAUUUCAUUUGAAGUAUUGCCUUACGUAUCAUUAUCAAAGGCACUGGCAGUAUCAUACAUUAGUUUUCAAAUAUGUUUUAAUAUAUCUUGUAGGCUGCUGUGUAAAUUUUAAUCUCAGGAUAUUGCAUUAGGAUCUUUUAAACACCUGCACUGAAGUGCCUGCACAAUGUUCAGUGUCAGUUCCAUAUGACUUCACGUUCCAUGAUGUGAACCUACCAGCACGCUACAGACAAAGCUGAGAAACAACUCAACAGCACAGCCAUUUGUUAUAUACAAAAUGAGCUAACUGUGUUGUGUUCAAUGUGCAGCUUUUACUGUGAUAGACCAAGCAGCUCCUGGUUGUAAGCAUUUGUACUUUUAAAGGCCAAGUCGUCUACUCAUAUUAAAUAUUUAAAUUGUUUCAUUUGAAGGAAACUACUUAGAAACAGUUUUAGCCCAUUCAGUGUUUGCUCAUGUGUCUGUCCAGUUGUUGCUACUGACUGUAACCGUCCACUAUGAUAUUUUAGUGUGUUUAAGUUCUGUAUGUCCAAGAAUUAUGUCCAAGUACAUUUGUAGGAAUUUGAUGUUUGUUUUGCUCAUGCGGUUCGUGUGUUCUUGUUGAAAAUUUACUCCAUAUUUCACUGAAAGGUGCAUCAAGUGUGUGUUUCUGAUGGUUAUUUUUGUUACACAGUGACAUUGCCUUAGCGCAAAUACAGAAUAAAGAUGUUUUAUACUGUC